UCUUCAAAAUGGCCGCCCCUGUCGCUACAACCGGUGCAUCGCAUAUGUCACAAGGGCAACCUCAGCAACAGCCACAACCACCCCAACCACCACAGCAGCCAACAGAUGUUGACCCUGUUGCUAAAUUUAAAUCCUUGCUUUUACCUCGUCUGAAGGAAUCAUUAGCUACGUUAUUCAAGGUUGCUGGUCAAGCCUUCAAUCAAAAUGCACAACAAGAUGGUGGAUUCAAACCAGCCGAAGGACACCAGCAAAAGUUUGAGAAGAGUCUCGAGGAAUUCUAUGGUGUGUGUGACCAGGUCGAGGUGUCUCUUCGGUUAGCCCUUGAGAGUCAGUCCCAAGUAUCAGACAGCAACAAGUUCACCCCCCAACCCGUGCUGCAAGCCAAGGGGGACACACCGCCGACAGAGGGCCAGCUCUACCCUAACUACCUCGCCACAAUCAGGUCACAGAUCACAUGUGCCAAGGAAGUGCAUGAUAUGCUACAUGAAUGUGUGCGGAAACUUUCAGACAGACCUUGAUGUGCCACACAAACAGGGACACCAUGACACCAUAUGACAGACAGACCUUGUGACCAGAUGACACCAUGUGGCAUGUGACAGUGUGACCAGAUGACACCAUGUGACAGUGUGACCAGAUGACACCAUGUAACAGUGUGACCAGAUGACACCAUGUGACAUUGUGACCAGAUGACACCAUGUGGCUGUGUGACCAGAUGACACCAUGUGACAGUGUGACCAGAUGACACCAUGUAACAGUGUGACCAGAUGACACCAUGUGGCUGUGUGACCAGAUGACACCAUGUGACAGCGUGACCAGAUGACACCAUGUAUUAGUGUGACCAGAUGACACCAUGUGACAGUGUGACCAGACGACACCAUGUGACUGGAUGACACCAUGCGACACUGUGACUGGAUGACACCAUGUGGCAGUGAGCAGAUGACACCAUGUGUUAGUGUGACCAGAUGACACCGUGUGACCAGAUGACACCAUGUGACAGUGUGACCAGAUGACACCAUGUGACAGUGUGACCAGACGACACCAUGUGACUGGAUGACACCAUGUGACAUGACUGGAUGACACCAUGUGGCAGUGAGCAGAUGACACCAUGUGACAGUGUGACCAGAUGACACCAUGUGACGAGAUGACACCAUGUGACAGUGUGACCAGAUGACACCAUGUGACGAGAUGACACCAUGUGACAGUGUGACCAGACGACACCAUGUGACACUGUGACUGAUGACACCUGAAUGACCGUCUGUGACAAUGUUACACUGAGGGUACAGGUGGCACACAGGAUUAUUUUUGUUCUAAACUCAUGAUUCAGGUUUGAUGGGAAUAUAUCCUUAACUGUGGUAUCUCAUGGGAUUGGAAACUGUAAUAGUAAUACAGGUGCUGAGUUCAUGUUCGAUGAGGAACAUCUGUCAGUCGACACCUUGCCAUGUUUCAGUCAUUAGGACAGGGUUACCAAAAUAAAACGGCGUGUUCUGCGUGAGGAUCAAAUUCUGUAGCACUGCUGCCCCAUCCCUCAUGUUGUGAUGGAAGUAACUGGGAACUUAACCUGUGGAUAUAGCACAGAAUCUGGAGGAACUGCUAAGACAAGCAUAAAGGGCAUAACUUAAAUAUUACUAUUUGUAUGUACAUUAAUCAAAAUUAGCUCACCACCUAGAAAUUCAAGAUAAAUUUCCAGAAUGGUACCGACCUACCUCUUGUCAUAUGGCACAGGAAGCAUGGAUGACCCAGAACUCAUAGCCACCGUCGCUUGCUGUACACAAUGACAUCAUGUCAGAAUUUGCUGUUCGUGGGUUCAAGUCCCUGACUAUGAUCUUGGUUUGCCGGCAGCAGCUAUGACCCCUGACACUCCAGGCUGAUUCGCCAUGAUAUCACUGCCAUGUGGUGACGUGGAUGGUUGCUCAUAUUGUUCUGGUUAAGACUGGUUCAGGUGCGGACUUGAUCAGUUACAGACCAUCUUCACAAAGCUGGAAUAAUGUGGAGACUGUGUUAAAGAACAACCAACACUGAUGUGGAUUGUUUGUUUGAACUAACCAGAUGUCUUUAACAUUUGGAUUGUGUAUUUUGUCCAAUACAGAACCUCCAUGUGUAUAACCAUGUAUUGUAAGGUAAAUGCUUACCCAAGUUUUUAUUGUGGGCUGGCAUUGCAUUUUCAAGAACUGAUGAUACUGUUCAUUCUGUUUCUCAUUUUUGUUUCACAUUGAGUAAAGUCUCUACAUGUUUUGUACACAUUUUCCACUGAUUGACAUCAUCCACUUCGGGAUAACCUUAUGUAGAGCAGCAGUCUCUAGACUCUCUACCAAUGCUAAGGUCAUAUCCAAAAUAGUUGUGGAAUUCUUUUGAUACAAAUGAAUAAAUAUUGUAUGAAGAAA